GGCACCUCACAGGGGCUGUUCGUCUCAGCGACUCCCAGUUAAUCCCACCCACCGACAGAAGUUUGCAGGCCCCGGCUAAACUUCCAGCUCACUUCUCUGCCGACGACUGCUCCUUUCCACGUAGAGGUCCCAUUUUCCAGAAUGCUGUGGCGUUUUGUAGUAGCGAUUUUAGGCGUUUGCAUCCCAUAUUGCCUUUCGGACGUGCAGCUCAGUAGUAAUGUUAUUCUGGAACCUUAUGAUCUGCUGUUCGACACGGCGGUGGAAGCCUACUACAAGGGGGACUGGAUGACGGUCAUUCUGAACAUGGAGAGAGCGCUUCGGAACAAGGCUGCAAUUCGCAGGGUGAAGGCGCAUUGCCGGAUAACUUGUGCCAACCAGAGCGCUUUCGGGGAGCCUUUAUCCAGCAUGGUUGUGCCAGUACCAGGCGCUGGCUCCGUGGAAGAUCUGGGCUUUUUCCAGAAAAUUAUGAAAAGGGCUGAUUGUGUAAAUACCUGCGAAAGUGAGAAAAUUGGACCACCAACUAUCCAUAAAGUCACUGAAGAUGUGGACCUUGAGUUUAAGAAAAGAACCCCCUACAAUUACCUGCAAGUCGCGUACUUCAAGAUCAACAAGCUGGAUAAGGCUGUGGCUGCGGCAAACACCUUUUUCCUGGCCAACCCAGACCACAUGGAGAUGAAGCAGAACCUGGACUAUUACAGGAUGAUGGCAGGAGUACAGCAGGAGGACUUCAAAGACCUGGAGGCCCGGCCGCACAUGGCCGAGUUCCUUGCAGGGAAGCGGUACUACAGCUCAGACUCGUUCGGUCUGGCCAUCGACCACUUUGAGGCGGCAGUGGAAGAGUACUUCAGCGCGGACCAGGAGUGCCGGGCGCUCUGCGAAGGAGCUUACGACUACGACGGAUACAACUACAUGGAGUACAGUGCCGACUUGUUCCAGUCCAUGACAGACCACUACAUGCAGAUUCUGAACUGUAAGCAGAAAUGUUCUGUGGAGCUAGCCUCCACCGCGGGGAAGGACAAGCCCUUUGAGGAUUUCCUCCCUUCCCACUUCAACUACCUACAGUUCUCUUACUACAACAGUGAGAAGUAUGAGCAGGCCAUAGAGUGGGCUAAAACCUACCUGCUGUUCCAUCCAGAGGAGGAGGUGAUGAAUCAGAACCUGGCUUACUACUCCGCUGUGCUGGGGGAGGACAAGGCUGCAGCCAUAUCCGCUAGACUGGUGGUGAAACAGCAUAUUCAGCAGUCCCUGUUGGAAAAGGAGCUACUGUACUUUGCUUAUGAAGUGUUUGGAAUCACCUUUGUUGAUCCGGAUUCCUGGACCCCUGCAGACGUCAUGCCCCUCAAACUGAGAGAGAAGCAGAAGGCAGAAAGGGAGACUGCGGCGAGGAUCACUGAGGAGAUUGGGAAUCUGAUGAAGGAGAUUGAAACUCUGGUGGAGGAGAAGAACAAGGAGUCGACUGACAUUGCCAAGAUCGUACGAGAAGGUGGUCCUUUGUUGUUUGAUGACAUCAAGAUUACUAUGUCGUCAAAGCAGCUGAAUGGGUCUCAGAGGGUUCUACUGGAUGGAUUUAUCUCGAAUGACGAGUGCAGAGAGCUCACCCGCCUCUCUAAUGCGGCUGCGCUGAAUGGUGAUGGGUAUCAAGGCCACCCCUCCCCCCACUCACCCAGCGAGAGCUUCCAAGGAGUCACUGUCCUCAAGGCUAUUAAGUUGGGACAGGAGGGCACUGUGCCCCUGAAGAGUGCCCGCCUGUUUUUUGACAUGAGUGAGAAGGUGCGUGGGGUCCUGGAGUCGUACUUCCGUCUGGACUCUCCUCUCUACUUCUCCUACUCCCACCUGGUCUGCCGCUCCGCCAUCGACGGUGAGAAAGUGAACUAUGAGAAGCAGGAUGACCGUGACAACCUGAGUCACCCGGUUCAUGCGGACAACUGCCUGCUGGUCUCUGAGCUCAACGAGUGCAUUAAAGAACCACCUGCAUACACAAACAGGGACUAUAGCGCAAUCCUUUAUCUGAAUGAUGACUUUGAAGGAGGAGAUUUCAUUUUCACUGAACUGGAUGCCAAAACGGUCACAGCGGAGGUGCGUCCUCAGUGUGGUCGUGUGGUUGGGUUCGGUGCUGGGAAUGAGAACCCUCAUGGGGUAAGAGCGGUCACUAAGGGCCAGAGGUGUGCUGUGGCCCUGUGGUUCACCCUUGACCCCAAACAUGAGGAGAAGGACCGGAUCCAAGCUCAAGAGAUGCUGAAGAUGUUCUCCUCUCCUACGGACACAGAGUUCACAAAUACAAAGGCAGAAAGCUCACAACCACAGCUUACACCUCUUGACCAGUCUGCGCUUCUUGGUCAAGCUGCAACCCUAGUCCAGGAGCAGGCAUACCAACCAGAUGACAAAGCAGCAGAGAAGAAGCCUGAGGAACCAGCAGAGAAGAAGCCUGAGGAACCAGCAGAGAAGAAGCCUGAGGAACCAGCAGAGAAGAAGCCUGAGGAACCAGCAGAGAAGAAGCCUGAGGAACCAGCAGAGAAGAAGCCUGAGGAACCAGCAGAGAAGAAGCCUGAGGAACCAGCAGAGAAGAACCCUGAGGAACCAGCAGAGAAGAAGCCUGAGGAACCAGCAGAGAAGAAGCCUGAGGAACCAGCAGAGAAGAACCCUGAGGAACCAGCAGAGAAGAACCCUGAGGAACCAGCAGAGAAGAAGCCUGAGGAACCAGCAGAGAAGAACCCUGAGGAACCAGCAGAGAAGAACCCUGAGGAACCAGCAGAGAAGAACCCUGAGGAACCAGCAGAGAAGAAGCCUGAGGAACCAGCAGAGAAGAAGCCUGAGGAACCAGCAGAGAAGAAGCCUGAGGAACCAGCAGAGAAGAAGCCUGAGGAACCAGCUGAAAAAUUUAGUGAAAAGCCAUCUGAUUAUCCAGAGGAUAAAAAGAAUGAGAAGCCGAUAGAGAAGCACGCAGAAAAACUCAUUGCAAAAAAGGGUAACAAAGCCAAGGUGAAAGAGCUGGUCAAAACUAAAGCCAAAGCAGCGACGACUAAAACAGCAGCUAAUGCAGGGGACAAAGCCAACGCUAAGACAGCAGACAAGGAUAAUGCAGGGGACAAAGCCAACGCUAAGACAGCAGACAAGGCUAAAGCAGGGGACAAAGCCAACGCUAAGACAGCAGACAAGGCUAAAGCAAAACCUGCUGCAAAAACAAAUGUCAAACAGGCAGCAGACAAUAAAGAGCAGAAGCCCGCGACAAAAAAGACAGAGAAAAUCCCUGUCAAAAAGGUUUCCAAGGACUCCAAAACUGACCCCAAGUCAUCCUCGGACUCACAGACAGACAAGGACGAGCUGUGAGACCAACAGCACCUGUGACUCUUAUUCUGUGGUGUCUUUUUUUUCUACUGUUUGAAUAUAUUUGUCAAGGUUGUUUCUGUGGAUGUGCUGGAUAAAGAUCUGAGGUUGUUUGCUGUAUUGUUUUGGAUGUUGUUUGUCUGCCCAAUAAUGGUGGUAAGGAACAAGGAUAUGGUGUUGUAAUGUAAGCCAUAUACCGUAAUACCAAGGGACUGCAAACUCACUCUGAUGGCUGAUGUCAACCAACCAAUCAAUCAAAUCAAUCAAUCAAAUUAGAGUUCUAUAGUGCUUUUUCACAAAUACAUUUGUCACAAAGUGAUAAAUUGUAACCACCUUUGAAUAUCUAUCCCAGACUCAUGUGAACAGAUAAUUGUUAUAUUAUAUAUAUAUAUAUAUAAUAUGACUUUUGUUUAUGAUUUUGGAUCCUCAGUCUGCUAUUUUGUACUGUUUUAAAAUAUACUGUUCUUUGCCUCAGGAAUUGGAAGAUGUAAUGUCCUCAAAAAAACAACAAAAAAAACAGGAAAGAACAACAAUGAACAAAUGUGUCUGAAUAGAGACUGAUACCUGAUUCAUGUGGAUACGCUAAAUAAAAGUACAGUUCUAA